CCGGCGGAUGGCAGAGCCGGAGCGCUUGGCGCUGGAGUUGGGGCGGGAGAGGCGGAAGCAGCAGAUGCUUGAAAGCUCAAUAUUUGAACUGAGAAACACUGUAACAGAACUAGAAAAAAGUCUUAACAGUACUGAAAAUGAAGAUAAUGAAUGGAAAACCAGAUAUGAGACACAAGUAGAAUGGAACAAACAGCUGGAAAGGCAAAUUAAUGUUCUUCGAGAUAAGGUGGAGCUUAUUCGUGGAAAUCCAGCAGAUAAACUGUCCCUUGUUCGCACCUUUGAUAAAAUGCCUGUGGGUUCCUUAAAGGAGGUUCUUAAACACCUAGAAGAAGAGAAGAAAAUUCUCCAGAACCAGCUAAAGGACUAUGAACUUAGACUGGAACAAGAAGCAAAGGCUUACCACAAAGUUAAUGAUGAGCGGCGCUUGUACCUCUCAGAGAUCUUACAGACCUCAGCUAAACCAAAAAUUUUUGAAAGGAAAAAAACAGAUGCUCUGACUGGCAAGGGAGAAAAACAGAUACUGAGGGUGAUGUUUUGUAAUGCUGCCAACCAUCGUGCCAACCACGAUAAAGUCGGCCUCCUCUUAAGUCUCUGUGCAUCAUACAUGACACUGAAACCAAAAAUGGGAAACUGGAUUGCUGGCAGUUGUGGUCAGUGA